AUCCUAUCCUUCCACAAAAAGGGCCAAGGAGAUCAUCAACUGUUUUAACAGCAUUCUUUCUUAUACAAAACACUUUUUAAUCGUUGGAAAUUAAAAGGCAUCCGUGACACAAGGUAUUGGAAGAUAGAGCUUCAAAAGACAGUGGAUGCAUUUUUGACGAAUAUUCACGAUCGAUUCUCACCCAAAAAGGAAAUCGAAACAAUCACCCACGACAAUCAACAAACCCAAAGGUUCCUUCACAUUCGAUCGAGCUGGUCUUGAUCUCAAUCUGUAGAGGAAGGUCAGAAAGUCACCGCACUCAGACUUUCAUUGACGACAUUCACGAUUAACGAUCGACCAUCUAUUAAAAGAGGACAGUGCGUUCAUAGUCGAAAAAGUGGGAAUUCAUUUGCACAGCUCAAUCGCUCAUUGAAGCAAAACCUUCAUCACUGCCACCAUGGCGCAACCGAGACCUGUUCUGACGGUAGAUGUCAAUGCCGCACAACAAUCUUCACGUAAAGCAGGUCCCAGUAAAGCGAUGAAUACGCACGCAAUGGCAUCUGCUCAAGCUCCUCAAGCGAAUGGACAACAACAAAGACAAAGCGGUACUGCAAUUCGUCCUGGAGAUAUUAUUUCUGAAGAUGAUUUGAACGCACAAGGCGGAUUUAGUAGUGAUGAAGAAGGAAAUGAUGGGUACGAUGUCGGUGUCAAUCGGCAGCAGGUUGCAGGAAGAGGUGCUGCAUAUGGAAAUCGUCAACAUGCGCAACAAGAUUACUCACUCGACAGUCAGGAUUUCGUCGAUUCCGAUUCUUCUGAAGGAGAUCAGUAUGGUCAAGAAGCAGAAGAAGAAAUGGGCUCUGAUGAAGAUGACGGUCAAUACGACGAGGAAGAUGAUGACGAGCUUUCUUCAAGUCCUAGCAUACCCGAUGAAAACAUCGAUUUUGACCUUGUCUAUGCAUUGCAUAACUUUAUUGCAACAGUUGAAGGUCAGGCUACCGUUAACAAGGGAAACAGCCUCACCUUACUAGACGAUUCCAACUCUUACUGGUGGCUCGUACGUGUAUUGCGAACGCAAGAGGUGGGCUAUAUCCCAGCAGAGAAUAUUGAAACACCAUAUGAGCGACUUGCCCGAUUAAACAAGCAUCGUAAUGUCGACCUGACUUCGGCUACUGAUGAUGAUCAUAAUCAGGUACCAGAGGGGAUUAUUACCAGUCACUUGGUCAAACAGCGUAGCUUCGGCACUCGUGGCAUUUCUACCCAUUCUGGCAAAUUGUCUGCUCUCUCCCGUCGUAAUCAUGGUAUGAAGCCGAAAAGGCUUAGCGAUGUGAAUGAGGAUAAGCGUGGAGUACAAUUCGGACCUCCAACCUAUCUGGAGCAUAGCGGUAACGAAUAUUCCGAUGAAGAAGAUGAGGAGGGGGAUCAUGAUAUGAUCGAGAUGGAUGAAGACGAAGACGAACUUUCGGAGGAAGACGAUGAAGGGGCAGAAGAAGAGGUUGAAGAGCCUGUCGACUCUCGAGUACAAAAUCAGCCAAAUAGCCAACGUUCCAGAGGGGCAGUGGGUGCUGAACAUAUGGAACCCGAUGAUGGCAUGGAUUGGGAUGCUAGAGAAUCUGAAAGAGUUCAAAGAGCCCAAGAAGAGCGAAAUGCAGCCAGACAAGCAGCACAAAACCGUUUAGCAACUCAAACGGAAGCCAAUCCUUCUUCUCAACAAAAUCAACAAUCAAUACAAGAUCAGGCACAAGCGUUGCAACAACAACAACAACAAAUGAGACAGCAAACGCAGCAGCAGCAACUGUAUCAACAGCAACAAGCACAACAGCAAAAUCUCCAGCAACCUGGUGCUGCACGAUCUGGUCAGCCUCCCCAAGCACGACUCUCACUCCUAGAGAAUAAUAGGGCCACAGAUCGCUUAUCCACAAGUACAACUUCUUCCAAUGGAUCUGCAUCAGGUUUCUUGCCAUCACAAGUCCAAGCUUUGCGUACUUCAAACGAUGGCAAUGCUCCAAAUGUUGCAGCUAUCACGAGUCCUGAAAGCUCUAAACGCGACAAACGGGCCAGUCAACGUAAGUCUCGCGGUGAAGACGACAUUUUGGAAGAGAAACAAGGAAAGAAGCGAUCCGGAGUAUUUAGUGGACUAUUCUCUCGAUCGAAAGAUAAGAAAGAGCGAAAGAGCGGUCAUUUCUCCAACAGUAGUCUGGAGAGUGACCCCACUCGAGCAUCAGAAGACAGCAAUCGUCAAAGUCUAACAAUGGCAGGUGGAGCAUCUUCUAAUGCUGGCCGCGCUUUACAAGAAAGAGAUCGUCUCCAACAGGAAGCCUAUCAGAGACAAUUCUUGCACGAUGGUAGAAGUGAUGCAAGACAUCAAAGGCCCGGAAGUCUGAUUGCAACGCCUGGAUCAGCUCCUAUGCUGAAUGUGAUCCGUGUUUUCGCCGGUGAUGACAUCGACUCUGCUGCUACUUUCAAGACAGUACUACUCAACCAAUCUACUACUGCUGGGGAACUAGUUCGCCAGGCAAUGCAAAGAUUCCGUUUGGGUGCCGGAAAUGAGAUCUCACAGUAUUGUCUUACUGUCAAGCUGGUGGAGGGUGAUGAACGUAUCUUGCAAAUCGGGGAAAAGCCUUUGCAGGUUUUUGACGAGCUUAGUGAAGCAAUCUCUACCAGUAACGAGAUGCGCACCAUUCCUAGCGUCAAAAGGUCCAGUGUUGGUUCCAUUUCUUCAAUAUCGUCAAACUUAAGUUUGAAUCCUGCCAUUCUUCGACUCGAGAAUGACUUCAGUGAUGAUCAUAAUGUGAAAUUCUAUCUUCACCGCAAAGGGCAGCUUGGAGGAGAUGCUACUAUGUCGACGCUGGAUUCGAAUGCAUUUGGUGAUAUGUCUACUAAUACUGGCCUGAGCCCGAGGGGUGGAGCUGUUCUACAACUGUCAAACGAUAGCAAUCCAGACGGCAGCCGCUCAUCCGGACAAUUAUUGGACCCCAACGACUCACUAAACAAUACGACACAAUUUCAUCGUUUCCCGCUACGGCUCCUCAUUUUCCCAUCCGAUCUACCUGAAGGUACAGUGUUUGAUCCUCAGACGAACGCUUUAGUGCCUAAGAAGGUCUUGGAAACUCGUGGACCGAAUGCUUUGGUGCCUGGCGAAGGAGUUCCGCAAGAUUACCGCGAAAAGAUUUUGGCUUUACCUCGUAAUAUUACAGUAGCCGAAGUAGUUGAGCAAGGUUUGGAACGAUUUGGAAUUCUUGAAGGUGUAGUGGAGGGAGGAGAUGAUGUGGAAGAUCGCAGUGGUCGACGUCGUAGCAAGGGUCGUAUACGUUAUGGUCUUACGAUCAAAUUACAAGAUCACGAACGUCAAUUGCAACCUUCUAGUAGGGUCUUGGAAGCAUUCCCUUCUGCACCUGUUAUGCGACCCGCAAGUUCUAAUAGAAGAUCGAAGCGAGCAAGUACGGAUUCAGCGAUGCUGUUGAACUUCGUGGAUGAUUUGCGAGCAGACGAUCCGAUCUUCAUCUUGCGCCAGAUCCAAAGACAGCAUCACCGUAGCGCAAGGCCUUUGAGUCCAACUGAAAACAUUUUGGCCAAUCGACAAGACGAACGUCGUCAAGCUGAAUUAGGCACAGUUGCUCCCACUCCGUCCAGUCGUGCAAUUGAGGAAGUUCGUGGAGGAGCAGCACCGGCAGAUUUAGAACAGCAAGGGAUGAGCAGGCAAGAGAUCAUCGCUGCACAGAGAGCGGCCGCGAGGGAACGUAGAGCGGCAAUCUUGGGAGCUCAACCAAAUGAUGAGAAUGGUGUGGACGUCAUGUUGGAUGAUAGAUCACGACUGCGUAGUUCAAAGAUGCUCGAUACUGGUAGAGUUCGAUACUCCUUCAUUCCUGUUUCUGGUGAAGAACAUGACAUCAGCGCUAUCGUUGAGGAUGUUUUGCGCACCGAGAAUGCUUCCAUUAAUGGUUUACUUGCAGCACCUACUCGACCUGCAAUGCAACAUGGAUCGCGAACGGCAAGUGCUACCACAAUCGAGGAUUACGUUAGUGCUCCAGGCUCACCUAUUCGAGCAAGCCCAUUAAGUUUGCGGGAAGCACACAUCACGCAACCGUCACCUGGAGCAGGAUCCGGUUCGCAGAAGAGUGUCCGCGGUGGAGGAUCUUCAGAAGAUGCAUUUGAGAGGCUAAUAAAUCAAAGCGAGAACAGCAAUCGAUCAGUGGAAGAUAAGAUCGAUCAAGUGCUGUCACGAUUGAACACCAGUAGCAGUCCAGUAGGUUACGGUCAAUCGUCACGGGAGCAAAGAAGUGUUCCUCAGCAACGUCUAGCAGGCCAACAGGCUCAAGGUGGAUCUAUUACAAGCUCACACGACACAGCAAGUCCUACUUCGGGAAUGACACAUCCUUCUGUUGCAACUGCGCCUACGCCUUUGUCUACAUUGACUGCUACAGCUGGAUCAGUAGCAACAGCUCGUCAAGUUGGCAGUGACGCAAGUACAGGAAUGUCAUCGCGCGGACUGGGCAACAAUAUUGGGUCAAAUAUGCAAGCUCUUUCAUCGUCAUCCACGGUUGGGCCUAGUGGAUCUGCCAACAGAAAGACGCCAUUGCCAUCUGCUUCUAUGACUGAUUUUGGCAUUUCACAUUUGUAUGCUGUGGCUGAAGCAGCGGCACGCAGAAAGCCUGCAAGAAAGCGUCCUUCGAAAUCAUUCGGAAGUUCUGCUUCUGUUAUUCCUGAAGAACAAGAUUUCCGGCCAACGGUUGCCGGUCUUUUCCCUCCGCAAGCUCCUUAUAUUGAGGAUAGACGUAUCAAGGAUGCAUAUGCACCUAUAGGAAAGCAUUUGAACGGAUUAGAAGAAACAUUGGAUCGACUCUUACUGGAUGCCAUGCGCUUGUCAUGAGAUGGUAGUCGAGGAAGAAAGAACAGAAAGGUCAACUUUUAAAAUAUUUGUAUUUUAUCGAAUCGUCAAUGGUCAAGGAAGGAAGGAAAGAAAGAGGAGCAGUACAAAGUAAAGCCUGCUUGCAUAUGGGUCAUAUUACGAACAGUUUCGUCCCUCCCCUUCCGGUAUUUAUGUUUUCUCUUUGAUCAUCAACUUUUUUGGUUUUUGUUUUUUUAUGUUGUAUGAAAUGCGUACCUUAUUUUACAGGCUCAUGUUUAUUGAGAUAUAGUAAUGAUUAUCCUUAUGACUCUUUCGGAAG